AUGUCCGAGGACGCCCACUACGUUCCCAGCAGGGGAACUUUCUCCGUCAUGACCAUUGACCCCAUUGCGUCUGUUGAAUACCUGGACGACCCGGAGGCGACUGCUGCCAGCGCGAAGCUCGUCAACAACGGCUAUGUGAUAUACCUCCCCGGGAUUAGAACCCUCUUCAGUCCACGAGCCGCUUUUCGCGAAGAAGACCCAUACUUUGUUCAGCAAGGCCUGCCCCAGGAUAUUCCGGCUCAAAUGAUCGAUGCUGGCAUGUCGAUUCCGAUUGCCCCCCAAACCCGUAACGUCCACGACCAUCCUUCCAAACGUGAACCCCUCAAGAUGGCGACCAAUCCAUUUCCGUGGCCGGACUGCUACCUGAGCAAUUUUGCGACCGUGACUGUGCGCAAUGCGAAUGUCCGUGUCGUGGACAGCGUCGUCUGCGAGCUUGACAAAGACGAACGGUUCCGCGUUAUCAGCUUAAUGGGCCAAGACGAGGAACGUCCACGAAAACUCUCAGAAGACUCGAUUAGUAUGCUCGGUACCGAGAAGGGGGACGAGACUGAAGAAGAACUGGAAGAAGCAGAACCGGAGCCAAUCGACGAAGCCGAAGCGAUUGCUAUCUUUCGCGGUUUGCUGUCGAACGAGGUUUCGCAGCAACUUACGACGGUCAAGUUUACUUAUGACCUCUCUCGCGUCGAGGAAAUCCAUGAUCCCCGUGGAUACUGGGAAGAGGUGGAAAACAUUGCUGAAAUUGUGAAGGCGUCUAAGGCACGAAAAGAGGCGGUCAAGAUUGCUGCGGCUGAGGGAGAUGCGGCACGGUACGAUGACAGAAUGGCUGAGCUAUUGCAAGGCCAUCAAGCUUUAAGCGCCACAGCUGCUGCUGCUCCAGUCGUCGACACAUCCGCUAUACCACUUUCCCCAACUGCGUCCAUAGAAAAGGGCUCCGCUAGUCGCCGGAUACGUAUACCAUCAUUGGUCACUCAGAGUCUCACCACCGCCAAAGCGCUGUUACGUCGCAUACUCUGCAUGUCCCCCGACUUGCACGCUGCAUAA